AUCCCGACAAGAAACCCAAAAAGAAGCGCAACAAAAAGGCCACCAAGUCCUAGAGAUGGUUGGCAACGCCACCGCAUCAGCUGUAGUUUUUAGGUUAUGUUACUCAGUUUGUUAUCGUAAUUGUUAAGGCGCCGCACACAAAAUGCUCCGGAGUUUACGUCAAAUCGCACGACUAGGAAGAUCCCUGAAGACGCCAAUUCCAACCAGAAGUCUGCCUAAACUGCCCACCACCUUACGGCUACAGGCUCCCUUGCACACCAGUGUUUCCGCGUGGAAGUACGACAAGAAAUCCUCGCGAGCAUCGGAUGAUUUGGACAGCGACGACGAGGAUGAUGAGGAUUUCAAGGAUGAACGGGACUCCAAGGUGGUUAAGACGAAGGUGAACUCACUGCGCGCAGAUCUGCUCCUGAAAGCUGGUCUCGGCAUGGCGAGAAACAAAGUAGAACUGAAUUUCUACGAGAGCAAGAUACGCGUCAAUGGAAAAAAGCUGCCCAAAAAGAGUGCCCAGCUGGAAGUCGGCGAUGAUAUAGACGUAAUCCGGGGCUUCAGUCAAUCGAAUCCUUCUCACCUGGUCGUGGCACGCGUCUCAAUCCUCUCCGCCAGCGAACGCGAGGAAGGACUUAGCGUCCUCCUGAGGCGCUACAAAUCCCUGCUGGUCGAGAAUUACCGGGGACCCAACGCCUUCAAAUCCUCGGAACAGGUUGCUCAUUAAAACCCAUUAGAAAUAAAGAGUGCUUUAAAGCUUUACUAUUUAGAGUAAGUAGAUGAAUUCGAGUCAGUUUAAAUAAGGAGAAACUGCAGUGUAUUAUUUUCAAGAUAACGCAACGUUUGAAAGUAGA